UAUAUGUCUGUCCCUCCUCUUCCGAGAUCGAAUCAUUUCCUCCGUCUCCACCGUGCCCGGAGAUUUACCUCCGACUUGCUGAUUUCACGUAAUACGGAUUCCUCCGACUCUCAGUCGCAGACUCGCAGGCAGGCGUGUGUUUCAGUGUUCUCGUUUAGAAAAUGGCUCUUGUCCAGCGGAUUCCCAGUUUCUCCUCCAAUCUUCGAAACUGGAAGAGCACCAAUCCGACAAACCACAAGCCUGUUUCAUCUCUCCAUUACAAAACCCAAAUCACUGCCUCUUCCUCUCCCUUCACGGAGAAGCACUCUGCUGAGAGGUACCAGAGGGAUCAAUGGCUGUACAAGUCAUCCACUCCAUCCCCAUCUCCACCUCCAUCGCCGUCGUCGUCGAAUCAGCGAGAUGAAGUCUUUGUCAGGGAAAACGACAUCGCAUCGCAGCUGCCUGAGCUCAAGAAGCUUUUGGAGGUUCUGAGAGAGAAGAGGGAGAGUGGAUGCAGAGGUGGUGACUGCGGAGCAGGAGAUGUGUUUUUAGUCGGGACAGGACCGGGAGAUCCAGAGCUUUUGACUUUGAAAGCUGUCAGAGUCAUUCAGAGCGCCGAUCUUUUGCUUUACGACAGGCUUGUCUCUAAUGAUGUUCUGGAGUUGGUUGCUCCUGAUGCGAGGCUUCUCUAUGUCGGCAAAACUGCUGGUUAUCAUAGCAGAACUCAGGAAGAGAUACAUGAACUACUCCUUAGUUUUGCUGAAGCUGGUGCUACUGUUGUGAGGCUUAAAGGUGGAGAUCCUCUGGUUUUUGGACGAGGCGGGGAAGAGAUGGACUUUCUACAACAGCAAGGGAUCCGUGUUCAAGUUAUCCCUGGGAUUACGGCUGCGUCAGGGAUAGCAGCAGAGCUUGGGAUUCCAUUAACGCAUCGAGGUGUUGCAACUAGUGUGAGGUUCCUCACUGGUCAUUCUAGGAAAGGAGGGACUGAUCCUCUCUUCGUUGCCGAGAAUGCAGCUGAUCCGGAUACGACACUUGUUGUUUAUAUGGGUUUGGGAACUUUACCUUCACUUGCACAGAAACUGAUGGACCACGGUCUACCUUGUGAUACACCAGCUGUUGCGGUUGAACGUGGAACCACUCCUCUACAGCGUAAUGUUUUUGCUGAGCUUAAAGACUUUGCGACUGAGAUUCAGUCUGCUGGAUUGGUAUCACCAACGCUCAUCAUCAUAGGGAAAGUCGUCGAGCUAUCUCCUUUCUGGCCACAUUGCGCGAAGGAAUCCUCCUGCCUUGUAGAGACCCGUUAGAUUAUUCGCUUCUCUAUGUUAUGGGUACAGUGGCUUACACCGACGUAAUGGUGAACUUUUAGGAGUGAAGCUUGAAGAAGGUUGAGAGAUGUAAUAAGCCAAAGGAAGGCUGAUAUACUUUUCUUGUGUCCACGUGGAAAUGUGAAGUGUUAGUUUGAUUAUUUUGGGACAAAUGUCAACGCCAAUUGUUUUGAUGUAAUAAACUAGCUUCAAAUAGAGCCAAGUUUAACUUCA